AUGCUCCGAUCGUCGAAAAGCCCUGUGUGUGUCGACAAGAAGAAGAACUCCACCACCCCGCCGAAACCCAGGCAAAGCCCGGUGGUUCUGCCGCUUUCGCGAUGCUUGUCAACUCCCGUUCAGAACGGUAAACCAGUGCAACAAUGCGCCAUAAGUCCGCCGGCUUCUCAACGUCGGGAACGACCGGGAGAACGGCCCGGAAGUGGGCUCUUUGAACGCUCUAAUCCCUUUGAAACGGACUUUGGAGAGAAGGAACUGAUCGCUCAAGGAGGAUUCGGCAAAGUGUACAAGUGCAAGUCGAGUAUCGAUGGACACUGGUACGCUGUGAAACUGGAGCAGUUCUGGUUCAAACCGGAGACGUAUUUCAACCCGUCCGAGGUACGCGACGUCAUGAUGAACGAAGCUCUUGUUUUAGCCGGCCUGGACCACGAAAACGUCUGCCGGUACUACAACACGUGGGUGCUUGGGUCGCUCAUUCCAGCGGUGAAUAAAGGACAAGAGGUCGAGCAACCAGAAAGCCCGUGUUACGCUCCUACCCACACACUGACUAGACGAACAAGUAGCCCAGCAGGGUCAUCCCGAUCAAUCUUCAUUUCUACGAGUGAGUCGGUGGAUAUCGACGAUGAGGUCAUGAGCUCGUCGAAUUACUCCGACGCGUACUCUUACGACCCCGAAGACGACAACGUGGCUAGUUUUACCGAUCUGGGCUUUGAAAUGGAAGAAACUGAGGAAAAUGAACGCAACGUUAGUCCUCGACAAUCGCUGGCUCGAUCGCAGCGCCUUGCUGCCGGGAAGACAAGUCCUCGACGCAUUAACGAAGACGGUGACGAGUCUUUCAAUCGACAGUCAAGCAUGGAGCGCCCACCUAAAUCGUGGGAGUCCUCCACAUCGAACGGAGGGGCUUUCAUCACUCAGAUCGAUGUGUACAUUCAAAUGGCACUCUAUGAGGGGAAGUCACUGCGAGACUGGAUUGAUCAACGCAAGUCUGGAGAGAUCGACGUCUCCAAGAACAUGCACAUCUUCCGACAGAUCGUCAAUGGUCUCAAAUAUGUUCACUCGAAGGGACUUGUGCAUCGCGAUAUCAAACCAGCCAACAUCUUCCUCACUCGGGAGUUCUGCGUCAAGAUCGGAGACUUUGGAUUAUCCAAGAACACUCUACAGACCAGUCUGAACCUCCACCCGUCUCGCUAUCUCUGCGAGGAAGGAUACGAUAGCUUCGACUCUAUGUCGUGCAACAGCACAGAUGAGGAGAUGGAGGAGGUCUCUGAGUUCUCGGUGGGUGUAGGAACCCCACUUUACAGCAGUCCAGAACAAACCAACGGGUUGCAAACAUGUGUCGCUCCUAGUGACGUUUACAGUCUUGGUGUUCUCCUGUGUGAACUCUUUUGCACCUUCACGACGCAGAUGGAGCGCUAUGUGGUUCUCAGCAAUGUUCGUAAGGGUCAGUUACCUCCGUCGCUUGUGGAUGAGCACCCACAGAUCAGUGAACUCAUUUGCGCCAUGGUACAAGACGAACCUCAACUACGUCCUACCUGCGCUGAAAUCCUCGAAUGUGGCAUCUUCGAACACCAAAAACUGCACUUUCAUCAUCGUAACCCUUGCUCAGGCGUCAGUCCACUAGCUCGAGUCUUACUGACUCAUGGCAACUGCAGCUCGACAGUGUUGAACUUGCUCCGGUCGAUUGUGCGACUAGAACAAGAGGAAGAAGCCUUUUUGCUUCAACUGGAGACGACGGACAAGCAUAAAGCGCAGGAUACUGGUGACAGCGUACGUCCAGCCGAAAGGAUAGCAGAUCCAACCUCUCCUCCGACUGAACUACACGUGUCUACCAGUGUAAAGCUUCUUCCAAACGGAGCAUUGACGGCGAAGACCAUCCACGAAUUGAAGCGACUGGGUCACGAACGACGUCGGCUUUUGGACAGUGCUCUUCAUGAACUCCAGAUGUGAGGUGCUUGCUGAAUUUCCUGUAUAAUAGAUAUCUGCACAUUGUGCACAAUGUACUUCGAUGCGAGAAAAAAAAAUUAACUCAGUUGUUCCACACAAAAGCAUUAAAACGUGUGAAGAUGCC